GAUACUUUUCAAUUGGCGCCCUUCCAUCCAUUCAACCACCCUCGUGCACAAGCAAUCCGUUUGGCGACAACCAAACACAUCUAUGCUGCAGCCUGCGUGUUAACGCAAUCCUCCAUAGGCUUCCAAAACACAAGGCGAGACGACGUGUCUUGGUAGUACUGCUGAUUGGAGGCGUGGUGUCGCGCAAGGUAUCCAUCAAACUUGAUAUCGUGAUUCUGUCUUGCUCGUCACAUUGAGGCCGGCAAGGUUCGAUUUGAAUAUCGUCCAUUGCUCGUGCAUUCAACAUCAUAGAGUUGGAAUCGUUAGAAAUGCGCUUAUAUGAAUACGGGCCCAGUAUUCGCGCAUUUCGUAUAUUUGCACGAGCUACAACCAAGAAAUGGCCAGUUCAAAAAUCGAGACAACUAGCAACAGCUGCGCCGUUGCAAGUGGAAAAAUAUGAUAUCGCUUGUGGUAUCUCGGGACACAUCACCGUCGAAAUUCACAAUGGAUUUCUCCUUCGUGAUUCGCCUAAAACACCUCUGGUUAUCUACUUACCACCAUACCCGUCUUCUCCACUUUCACCAUUUCAUCCACCUUCAUGGUUAUUGAGCUCGUAUCCUGUCAUCAACAUACCUUACCGCUGGUCUCAUGACCCGCAAACAUCAUUUCGCAAACAAAAAUCUCAUGCAUUCCCUAUACCACUUCAUGAUACACUUCAAGCGUAUAGUUGGCUGUUGAAAAGUUACCUGCCCUCUCUGUUACCGGAGCCUAAACCUCUAGACUCAAACUAUUAUUACACCAAUCCAAAACCAGUCCAACGACCACUUCUGAUCUACGGAUCAUACCUUGGCGGUACUCUUGCCACCUCUCUCGCCCUCACGGAAUCGUUUACCUCUUCCUUCUUACCCACUAAUAUCCAUUCUCUCAUAGUGCACAAUGGAAUUUUUAACUGGACUCCUAUCUCUACCACACCUGACCCCUCAAUCUUUCGCUCCAAAUCCUCAGGUUCAUCGCAAGAUCUCUCCUAUAAUCACCUCUCAACAUUAGACUUAUACGAACGUUCUCCAUGGACAACUUUGACCCUCCACGCCCUUAAAACUCGUCUCUUUUCAUCUCCAUCGCAGACCUUCGAUCCUCACGCUUCACCCAUCCUCUUAUUUCGCGCCUCUGGCAUCUCGGUUCCACAAAGAUGGCCCAUUCCUCCCCCUGAUGGCUUCUCUCCCUAUCCUGGUCCCCCUUUUCAAUACCCAGAUCUCUCAAACGAGUAUGUAACCGAAGAAAAAGAAGAAGCAAAAGAAGAAAAAGAAGAAGAGUCACACGAAGCCCUCGCCAAAUCCAAGAAGUCAAAGCGCUUCUUCCCACCUGCCAACUCAUCGUUACGGAUACCAAGAUCAUUGUUUACUUACUCUCCUUCUUCGUUUAAUGGAAAUAAAUCACAUGACAUAUCACAAGAUCAGAAAAAAGGUAAAGGAAAAAAGGGAAAAAAAGAAGAAAAAUAUGAAGACAAUAUCUUCAAACAACAAGCUCGAGAAUUAACAAUGUUAAUGAGAAGAAGUAUAUCAAAGGAUGAAUUGGGGGAAAGAGUUCAAUGGGAUGAGGAUUGUAAUCCGGAGGAGAUUGCGAAGAGGAGAGUUACCGAGAUGGAGGUUGGAGAUACGGGGUGGGAUGGCGCGAGGGAGAGGGAAACGGUGGUUAGGGAGUGGAUUGUGAUGGGGGGAUUGUGAUGUGGGGGGGCGACAAGAUUGUGAGAAAGGGGCAGAGGUAUAUAGAUAUAGAUAUAGCAUGAGAUCAUUGGUUAUCAAUGGACAUUAGAUCUUCCAAGAAACCCUUGGUGUGUUUGGCUUUUUGGAGGGUUGUCCUGUGCGGGGCCA